AUGGGCACUCUACCAAAACUUCCCUUGGCAUCAUGGGAUAGCCAUAUGCAUAUUGUCGACCCAGAGAAAUACCCCCUCGCACCAGAUGCUCAAUACGUACCCCCUAUUCACACGCUAUCUGACGCGAUGAGCUUUGAGUCUUCAGUUGGCAUCCAAAACAUCGUCCUGGUACAACCGUCUAUAUACGGAUUUGAUAAUACAUGUAUGCUCGAUGGGCUGAAGGAACUGGGGCCAAAGCAGGGUCGAGCAGUGGUCUCGCUGGAUCCAGCCAACCCCCCCUCUGAGGAUACCCUUAAGUCAUGGCAUCAAUGGGGUGUACGUGGAGUGAGGCUUAACCUGCAAUCUACUGGCAGGGAGCUGAGUGCUGAGGAGCUGAAGGAGGUUAUGCACAAGUACGCAGAUAUCAUUCGCCCAUAUGGCUGGGUUUUGCAGCUAUAUAUUGCCCUCCAGCAUGUCCCAUCUCUGGUAGACAUUGUACCGCAUUUAGGGGCCACUGUGUGCCUUGACCACUUCGGAAGCCCUGGGUUACCUGUUUCAACUUCAGGCCAGGUGAGCGCGGGGGGUUUUGACCCUUACUCCCUUUCUGGUUUUGCGGAGACGAUCGAGCUCCUGAAGGGUGGCAAUACGUAUGUCAAGAUAUCUGCCGCAUAUCGUCUCACGAGCAAUCCGAAAUUUGAUGGUCUACGGGAAAUGUUCAUGGAAUAUACGCGUGUGGCACCUGGUCGGGUUGUGUUUGCUACAGACUGGCCACAUACACGAUUUGACUCGGUCGACAUUGUCCCGUUUAUCCAAGCUUGUGUUGCCUGGUGUGAUGGAGACCGGGAUAUGGUCGAAAGGUUAUUCCAGCGCAACGCUGAGGAGCUUUGGGAUAUCCAGGCUGAAACUGGACUGUGA